CAGCAGCGCCCGGAUGGAGAGAAGAUGCCAAGGCUGGAGAGGGUGGCCUGGGUGGGGGUCCGGGAACAGGUUCGCGUCAAUCCCAAACCUGCCAGACUGGGGUCUGGUCCAGCACAGGCCAUCUCUGCGAAGGCCCUGAAAAUAGGAAUCAUGGAAUACAGAUUCCCCCCAAAUCAAGGACAGGGCUACAUAAAUUCUAGGUACAACUCCCUGGGCAAGGUUUGGCGUUGAGGGUCCGGGACACAGUCCCUUUUAUCAAGCUAAGGCCUUAACUGAGCCGAUUCCAGACAAAAUCAGUACUCUUCCCUGACAGAGGGUUUCUGUGAGCACAACACCCCCUUGGGCGAUGUCUUGAAGAUGAGGUCCCUGGAUAGAGCUGCCAAGGCUAACGCUCUGGGGGAUGGGGGGGCGGUUUCCAAGUACUGUCUACUCCCAGGGGUCCUGGAUCCAGCCUGUCCCCCCAAGCCCUUGGGCGGUGUCCCAGGCAAAUCCCCUUCUCAGAACAAGGUCCCUGUGUCUGAAACUCCACCCCAGCAUGAAUAAAAUAAGGAGAAUUUCAGGCAUUCCCCUACCCCCACCUCCACCCCAUGCUUAGUCAGGGGUCUCAAGACAUUGGUCUCCUAGGCCACCCCUUUUGUCCCUAGGGCUGCUCAGUGUCUAAGAGGCCCCACCCGGAGACAAUGCUCAGCUUUCCCUUGCCCCCCAGACUCCAGGAUUCAGCCUGGGCUGGGGGCGGCUCCCCAGAGACGGGUGGAAACCUGUCUGCAGCCUCUGUGGUGACCAGCGGCUUUGUGUGUGGUUGGUGUGUGUGUGUGUGUGUGUGUGUGCAAGGGUUGGGGAUGUGGCUAGAAGUGUGACCUGGUGUUUGUGUGACUGUAGCUGUGUGUGUGCUUGCAUUACAACUGGCAAGGAUGAGGUAUCCUGCGUUGUCUGCCUGCAUGCUUGUGGUUGGAUGUGGUGGUGUUUGGUGUGUGUGUGCGUGCGUGUGUGUGUGUGUGUGUGUGUGUGUGUGUGUCCGUGGAUAUGAUGGCAGCCCUUCACUGUGCAGGCUCCUGUACUUUUUUAGACUGUGUUUAGAUAGAUACAUAUGUCUUUUGUGAGACCCUGUGUGUAUGUAUGGUCUUGGUAUGUGUUGACAUCUGUGUUGGGUUUGAGGUUGGUCUUAUGUGUAGCCGACUGAAGAUGUGAGUGGAGCUGUGACUGUGUGUAAGUAGAACUGUGCCUGUGACUCUGGCCAUGUGUGACACAAUGUUGUGCUUAUGUCUGAUUUUGUACUGCGUUCGGUGCAACUCGGUGUGCGACUGCCAUUGUAUUUGAAGUCACAUUGUGUCUAUGGGACCGGGUCUAUGGGAUGGCUGUGUGUAUGAUGGUAGUCGGGUGUCCUUCGCCAUGUCUGUGUAUGUGACUGGGGUUGCAUAAGUGACUGUCCACCUAGCUGUGUGACACUGAGUGUGCAUGACAGCCUCGUGUGUGUGAUUUGAGUUGUGAAUUUGACUUCUUAUCUGAAACUCUUGUCCAUUGCAAAAGGUUAAUUGUGUGAAGCUCAAGUUAUGGAUGUUGCCUGUGUGCACUAGGAGUGUGUAUGGGACCAGCUUGUGUUUCUUCUGUGUGAACAUGUGACCCACUUGUCUGUUACCCUGGGUGACUCCAUGCUGGAGCCCUGGACUGUAAAAGUGUGUGCGCGCGUAUGUAUGCGUCUGUGAUUCGGUGAUGUCAUGACUGUGCACAUGGUGGUGUCUGGGGCCAUGUUUUCCUCGAUAAAUGCUAUGAUGCUAUAAAUGCUGUGUCUGGGCCAUUCCGUCUAUGUGUACACUCAACUGCGUACUUGCGGUGUGGGGAACUGAACCAUGUGUUUUAAGUGUCUAUGUGUGAGAUUCUGAGCAUUAGUGGGGCUGUGACUUUGUAGAUCUGUCCACGUGUGGUAGUGAUUGAUUAUACGUGGGGCCACAUUCUUGUCUACAUGACACGAAUCCUCAUGGAGACUGUUUCUCUGUGAUAGGGUGACGUGGUAGUGCUGUGUGUGGGACACCAACAUGACAGAUGGCCGGGCACCGUGGGCACUGAUGCUAAGUGACUGCAUACACAACUGUUUCUGGAAUGUAUGUGGCUGUCCGAGGGCAGCCUUCCUUCCUCCUCCCCCUCCUCUCUUUGGCUGCUUCUGUGCUAUGUCUGUAACACUCAGAUGGUGACCAUUAGCAUCUGUACUAUGUGGCUGUGUAUAAAGACAGGUGUAGACACAGCAUGGUUGUCACAGAGGACUCUGCCAUGGCUAUAACAACCAAAUAGUGUGUCAUUAUAUUAUGUGACUCUGAAUGUGUGGCGUCAGAAAAGGUGUGUUGGUGUGACUGCUAUGGUCUGAGGUUGAAUGGUCCCUGUGCAGCUACCACUGUGUGUGCUGGGAUGGGAGGGGGAGGUUAUUAAGACCAGGUAGGCAUGGGGCCAUAUGCAGAUGAGAUUGUGUCACUGUGUGACCAAAUGCUUAUGGGUGACCAAAUAGAUGGCCACUCAGGAUGUGUUUCUCGGGGUGGCUGCCUGAGGAGAUACAGCCGCCAUGAAGUACAUGAAGUAUAGCUGGACAGGUAUAACCCUGGUGUGUGUGGUUCGUGGCCCAAGUCGUUGUACGUAGCUAAGAGAAUGAGUGGACAGUAUCAGCUGUUGGUAGGAGUAGGUGUGGAUGGCGGGCUGAGGCGCACUGCAAGCGUGUGGACAAAUGACCGUUGUAGAACUAUGUAUGUUAGUGAACACGAACUCGAGGAGGCCAAAUGGUUGGUGGCAGUUGUACCUUGUGAGCUGAGGUACAUAGCUCUUAUGAUGUCUGUGUGGUAAAGUGUGCUGAACUGUGACUAAGGGCCAAGAAGUUGGAUGUCGGGUGUGUAUGGCCAUAUGUUUGUGUAUAAUCCUGGACUAGAGGGCAAAGACACUCACUUCACAUCAUCGCCUUGGGUGUUGAGGCCCCCUGAUCAGUGUCCCCCAACACACCUACUCCUUCCUGGGCACUUAGAACCAGGUGGCUGGUCUCCCUAGUAACAGUUGCUAUGACUACCAGGUUUCCUACUAGGGAGCCUGAGAUGGAGGGGGCUGAAGAGGGGACCAAAUCCCCUGCCCCAACAAACUUCUCAUUGUCUCACUCCCUUGAGCAGGGCGGACCCAGGAGACCUGAUCAGCAUUUGCCCCCAGCCCCCUGUGGGGCCUCGGGGCCCCCUGAAACCUUCAGGACGGAGUCAGACGGGGCGGGCACCAUGAACAAGUUACGGCAGAGUCUGCGGCGGAGGAAGCCAGCCUAUGUGCCUGAGGCGUCACGCCCACACCAGUGGCAGGCAGAUGAGGAUGCGGUGCGGAAGGGCACAUGCAGCUUCCCCGUUAGGUACCUGGGCCACGUGGAAGUGGAGGAGUCCCGGGGGAUGCACGUUUGUGAAGACGCGGUGAAGAAGCUGAAGGCGAUGGGCCGGAAGUCCGUGAAGUCUGUCCUGUGGGUGUCGGCUGAUGGGCUCCGAGUGGUGGAUGACAAGACCAAGGACCUGCUGGUAGACCAGACCAUCGAGAAGGUGUCCUUCUGUGCUCCUGACCGCAACCUGGACAAGGCAUUCUCCUACAUAUGCCGUGAUGGCACCACACGCCGCUGGAUCUGCCACUGUUUCCUGGCCCUCAAGGACUCUGGUGAGAGGCUGAGCCACGCUGUGGGCUGCGCGUUCGCUGCCUGCCUGGAGAGGAAGCAGCGACGGGAGAAGGAGUGCGGAGUCACCGCCGCCUUCGAUGCCAGUCGCACCAGCUUUGCCCGCGAGGGCUCCUUCCGCCUGUCCGGUGGCGGGCGGCCUGCGGAGCGCGAGGCUGGGGACAAGAAGAAAGCAGAAGCAGCAGCUGCUCCUGCUGUGGCUCCUGGCCCUGCCCAGCCUGGGCACGUUUCUCCGACACCGGCCACUACAUCCCCUGGUGAGAAGGGAGAGGCGGGUACCCCAGUGGCUGCAGGCACCACUGCUGCUGCCAUUCCCCGGCGCCAUGCACCUCUGGAACAGCUGGUUCGCCAGGGCUCCUUUCGUGGGUUUCCUGCCCUCAGCCAGAAGAACUCACCUUUCAAACGUCAGCUGAGUCUACGGUUGAAUGAGCUGCCAUCCACACUGCAGCGCCGUACAGACUUCCAGGUGAAGGGCACAGUGCCUGAGAUGGAGCCUCCUGGUACUGGUGACAGCGACGGCAUCAGUGCCCUGUGCACACAAAUCAGCUCGUCUUUCGCCAGUGCCGGAGCACCAGUGCCAGGGCCACCGUCUGCCACCACAGGGACGUCUGCCUGGGGUGAGCCCUCUGUACCUGCUGCAACUGCCUUCCAGCCCGGGCACAAGCGGACACCGUCGGAGGCUGAGCGAUGGUUGGAGGAAGUGUCCCAGGUGGCUAAGGCCCAACAACAGCAGCAGCAGCAGCAGCAGCAGCAGCAGCAGCAGCAGCAGCAGCAGCAGCAACAACAACAGCAACAAGCCACCUCCGUGCCACCAAUGCCCACCAUGGCCCCCACCCUUCAACCCUUCUCCACCCCAGUGGGGCCCUUUGACACUGCAGCUGCCCAGGUGGCUGUGUUCCUGCCACCCACACACAUGCAGCCUCCAUUUGUGCCCGCCUACCCAGGCCUGGGUUACCCACCCAUGCCCCGGGUGCCAGUGGUGGGCAUCACACCUUCACAGAUGGUGGCCAACGCCUUCUGCUCAGCUGCUCAGCUCCAGCCCCAACCUGCCACACUGCUUGGAAAAGCCGGGGCCUUCCCCCCACCUACCGCACCCAGUGCCCCUGGGGGCCAGGCCCGUCCACGCCCUAAUGGGGCUCCCUGGCCCCCAGAGCCAGCGCCUGCCCCUGCCCCUGAGUUGGACCCCUUUGAGGCCCAGUGGGCAGCUUUAGAAGGCAAGCCCGCCGUGGAGAAACCCUCCAACCCCUUCUCUGGUGACUUGCAGAAGACCUUCGAGAUUGAACUGUAGCCCAAAUUGCCCUGCCCCCCACUCCAUCAGACCCAGGUGUACCACACUCAGGAGGGGAAGCCCAGCCUCUUCCCUGGUGUUGCUCCCUGAGCUGCGCCCCUCAACUCUCCCUCUAAGCCCUUCUCUCCACCACCCCUCACAAACCACUACAGAACCAAUAUUGUGAUGCCUAGAUUUUGCCAAGAUGGAAUUCAGGGAUGGACCCAGCCUGGCUAAGGGAACCAUUUCACUGCCGGACUUAGGCUGGCGAUGCCCCUUCGCCAGCCAUAGUCACGGAAUGCCCUCUGUUCAAGCUACUUUCCCCAGUUUCUGUUGUGCCCUUCCACUUUCCAGUGUUGGGCAGGAUGGAGGAGUGAUGCCCACUUAGGGGCACUCCUGGGCCCACUUCGAGCCGGGCUCAUCCUCUCUCUCUCCUUGCCCCAUACACACAGCACAAGCUAAGGGCUUCCAUUCUGCCCAAGCUGUGUUCACUGCCAAUGCUGUGCUUGCCCUGCCCCCUCCCCCACUCGGGGGCGAGUCUUCCGGAGGGUCAAGGUCUCACGGGGUGGGGCCCGAUUGGGGGCCCCGGAGAGGGGGGGGGAGGAUGAAGACGCUCUGUUACCUCAUGUCCGUGCCCGCUGGGGAGGGGUCCCAGGAGAAGAAGAAGGGCGUUGCCUGGCGGGUACUUUUCUAUCUUUUAUUUCCAGAUUUUUUUUGUAUCUAAACUUGCAGAUUUGUAUUAUACAAGGACAGCCAAUAAAGGAAGACUAUAAUGGUG